UUUGUGAAAGACGAAACAGUGGAAGCCCACGAAUGAUCUCUAACUAUUUAGCUGGCCAGCUACUGUUAGUUGGGUUGUUAUCUAACGUUACCCUAAACAGUUGUUGUUAUCAACCCUUAAUAGCUAUUAGUUAAAUAGAUAACAUUGGGUAUAAAAAUAGCUCGACAAAUAACGUGGAAAUCCAGGCCACUUGAAUUUAGAAUCAAGCGAAUGGACGGAGAAGGGAACAAUACCGUUACAAUAGCAGUACAUCAAGGCAAGGAUACACGAGUAACGUUAACUGACUGGCUAGCAAGCAAAUAAGCUGAUCGAGGAGGUACAGGGAGAAUGUGAAGCACAAUGGCCAACUUUGAAGCUUACCAGGAGUACCAGCGGAUUGAUGACUUUGAGGAGGACUCACCUCCUGGGGAGGAGGACCUAUUAGUGCAUGUGCCAGAGGGCCUGAGUGACUCAUGGCACCAUAUCAAGAAUCUGGACAACUUCUUCACAAGAAUCUAUCAGUUUCAUCAGAAGAAUGGCUUUGCUUGUAUGAUGUUAUCAGAGUUCUUUGAACUUUUUCAGUUCCUGUUUGUGGUCACAUUCACAACGUUCCUCUUCAACUGUGUGGAGUAUGAUAUCCUGUUUGCCAACCGGGCAGUGAACCACACAGGACCUGGCCAGAACCCCCUGGACAGGAACAAGGUCUCUCUGCCUGAUGCCAUCCUACCAAGCCAGCAGUGCACUGAGAGGAUCCAGGAGAACAGUUGGAUCAUCUUCCUGCUCAUCAUGGCAGCCAUCUUCUGGGUCUACCGGAUGAUCAAGGUCUUCUGCAACAUCCUCAGCUACUGGGAAAUACGCCAGUUCUACAUCAAAGCACUGAAGAUCAGCAUGGACGAGCUGUGUAACUUCACAUGGCAGGAGGUCCAGGACCGUCUGAUCAGCCUGCAGCGGGAGCAGCAGAUGUGUAUCCACAAGAAGGAGCUAACUGAGCUGGACAUCUACCACCGCAUCCUGCGCUUCAAGAACUACAUGGUGGCCAUGGUCAAUAAGUCCCUGUUACCUGUACAGCUUCAGCUCCCCCUGCUGGGCAACCUUGUGUUCCUCACCCAGGGCCUCAAGUACAACUUUGAGCUGAUUCUCUUCUGGGGUCCGGGGUCGCUGUUCCAGAACAAAUGGAACCUGCACCCUAAGUACAAGCGUGCAGGGAACCGUCUGGAGCUGGCCCAGCAGCUGAGCCGGGUCAUUCUUCUACUGGGCGUGGCCAACCUGCUCCUCUGCCCCUUCAUCCUGGUGUGGCAGGUGCUAUACUCCUUCUUCAGCUACACCGAGGUCAUCAGGAGGGAGCCGGGGAGUCUGGGAGCCCGCCGCUGGUCCAUGUACGGCCGCCUCUACCUGCGCCACUUCAACGAGCUGGACCACGAGCUGCACGGCAGGCUGGGCCGCGGCUACAAGCCCAUCUCCAAGUACAUGAACUCGUUCACCUCGCCACUCCUCACCGUGCUGGCCAAGAACGUGGCGUUCUUCUCGGGCUCGGUACUGGCUGUGCUCAUCGCACUGACCGUGUAUGAUGAGGAUGUCUUGACUGUGCAGCACAUCCUGACCGCCAUCACCGUGCUGGGAGUGGUUAUCACCAUCACCAGGUCCUUCAUCCCAGACGAACACAUGGUGUGGUGCCCGGAGCAGCUGCUGCAGUGUGUGCUGGCUCACAUCCACUACAUGCCAGACCACUGGAGGGGCAACGCCAACAAGAGCGAGACCCGGGACGAGGUGGCACAGCUGUUCCAGUACAAAGCGCUGUUUAUCCUGGAGGAGCUGCUGAGCCCCAUCGUCACGCCCUUCAUCCUCAUCUUCCUCCUGAGGAACAAGUCCCUGGAGAUCAUUGACUUCUUCAGGAACUUCACCGUGGAGGUGGUUGGGGUCGGAGACAUCUGCUCCUUCGCACAGAUGGACAUCCGUCGCCAUGGAAACCCUCUGUGGAUGUCUGAGGGGCAGACGGAGGCGUCUGUGUACCAGCAAGCUGAGAAUGGCAAGACUGAGCUGUCCCUGAUGCACUUCACCAUCAAGAACCCCCGUUGGCAGCCCCCCCAGGAGAGCUCAGUGUUCAUCAGCCAUCUGAAGGAGAAGGUGCACCAGGACGCCCAGGGGGGACCCCCCACCCAGCUGCUGCUCUCUGAGGCCCCGCUCUGUUCCUCACUGCUUUCCAACGGGUCCGGCAAUGGACCUGACAACCUAUUGGCCAGUGUCCUGGCCCACCCUGUGCUGACCGCGUCAGGCCUACCAGGCCGAGACCGCCGCUUCGUUCCUCCCAGCACGGCUGCCUCUGCCGCCGCCAGCGUCCUGGCCUCGCUGUCCAGCUCCCACUCUCAGCUCCCCCACGCCAGCCGCUCCCGCUCGCAUGUCCUUCUACCCUCCACCCACCCCGACAGCACCAUGUACUGCAGUGACCGCACAGUCAUCGACAGCAUGUCAGCCAGUGAUUCUCGGAUGAAGAGCACUACAUUGCUUUCAGAGUUUGCCUCGGCUGAGAUGAGUCUCCAUGCUAUUUACAUGCAUGAGGUCCACCAACAGAACUCGCUCCCCCACCAGAGAACAUCAGGCCAGUGGCAGAACCCAGUGCCAAUGAGAGAGCUAAGCAGCAACACUGGUUCUCAGACGCACAGCGGACACACAGCAGUCAGCCUGUCUAAUAUGCCCACCCCGCUGCGUCUGGGAGGCUGGACGGAGGAAGAGGAGGAGGAGGAUGCAGAGGAAGAGGAAAUCAUUAACAGCAGGUCGACUCCUAAACAGGACUCCAAGAGUAGCUAUUGAAGUGCCUUAAAUAAAUGGUGUUUACACUUUCUUGUCUGGAUGAACAUUGUGGCCUUAGAUGAUCUUUUUGGAGUAUAGGAUAGAUAGGACAUUUAUGACAUCACACAGCACAGGCAGUUGGGGAACUCAUUGGAUAACCACUGUCUCCAUCUCCGCCCCUCCUCCAUGCCUCUCCUCCUAUCACAUCAGGAGUUGUUGUGUCGUCAGGGAAACCAACUGUAUGUCUUCCGUCCCUCUCUCCAUGUCAUUGUUUUGUUAUAGAAUGUAUAUACAUCGCUCAUAGAGGACUGGAGUCUGUGUGUGUGCGUGUUUCGGGACUCGGGGAAAGAGUGGCAUGCACAGCCAGGACACUUGCAGGGCAUGCUUGAGCAUGGUAUGCAGCAAAACCUGUCACACUUUUGUUGCGUAUUCAUGUAUUUAAAAACAAAUAUAUAUAUAUAUAUAUAUAUAUAUAUAUAUAUAUAUAUAUAUAUAUAUAUAUAUAUAUUACGUUUGAUUUGUGCAUUUGGGAGGUUUACAAUGUGGGUCUGGGUUCACUUUCUCAUGGUGGAAAUGGUGUCUUUCUUGGUGCUGAAGAGACUAUGGAGUGAAGGUGUAUCAUAUUAGCUGCCUGACCAUUUUCACUAUAUGAGGAAAGUUGAGUGCAAAAUUCUACACUGGCGUAUUUGGCCCUUACUUAUUGCUUGACAUUUGUAAAUACACUUUAGCGUCUUACCUCUAUAUGAAUAUUUAAGUUUAGUUGUUUUUAAUCCUUGGGGCAGUUUUAAUCCUUGGUGAAGAUGAAAAGUACUGAAAACAGUGACAUGAAGUAGGCUGCAACUAUACUACUACUACUGCUACUACUAAGGUCACCGAUAGGACCCCACAAGAAAAUCUGACAAAAGCCUACAGAUGGGCAAGAUUAAUUAACCACAAUUCUAAACUGGAUAAAAUCUAAUUAAAAGCUGCUGUCUGACCUUAAUGGGCCUAAUAUCAUGUUUUCUUCAGUAUUAAGUUCGUUCUCUUUCUUUAAAAUCCUGGGUGACUCUAAGACAGGAUUCAACAUAUAAUAACUUGAUUAUUCUGUAUCAAAGUAUCUUCCACGUACAGUCUCCACUGGCAACAAGGGUGUUAUACUUGACAAAGGUAUGUAAAUCAAGAUUACAUAUUUGCAGAAGCAGUAACUACAUUGUUGUGGGUAGGUAUGAGAAUAGGCAGUGGAGGGUUGCAUAUCAUGUACAGUAAAUCAUGAAGUGUUGUAUGCAUUGAUUUUGCAUGUACUGCUCAACAUUUUGUUCACGAAACACUUCCCCCUAUGUACACACAACAAGUGAACAUUAUUAUUAUUUUGCAAUUACAGCAAUCAGAUCUUGAGGGUUUGCUUUGUUCAUAAAUUAAUCCUAUAUGAGUAUUUUCUUUCCUUUUCUCAGAGAACAGCCUCAGAUGUCUUUUUAAAUUAGAUAAUUCUCCCUUUAUUGUCCCAAAUAUUUAAGUAAUUAAUGUAUUUAAAGUAACUGUCCAGUGAAAAUCACACUUUUAUAAGUUAAUAUUCUGUUAACUCAUCCUAUACUCAUAUUUGUGGCCGAAGAAUAAAUUGGAGGGGGAAAAAACACUUCAAAAACCCCACCUCAAACUUG